ACCGACUGUCAGAGGAUUCGAAUGAUGGAUACGAAGGGCCUGAAAAAAAAGAUGAAAAAGAAACUUCCGAAGAAGAAACCGUCGCUCGUGAAAGCGGUUCUCGAUGAAGCGAAGAGGAACGAGAAGAAGUUGGCUCAGAAAUCGGGCGGAUGCCCUACGUCAAAACAAGCCGCAGGUGAAAGUGACUACAUCAUCGACGGCAGCGCGUCGGUCGCUCCCAAGGACUACAUCGAGAAGCCGUCGAGUACUGAGAGAGCGGAAGCUGCUUUCGCGUGGCUCAUAGCGCCGGUGUCGACCCAAGAUUUCUACAAGAAUUAUUUCGAGAAGAAACCAUUCGUCGUACGGCAUAAGGAUCCCUCAUAUUAUAAACAUCUGCUUAGCACAAAGCAGCUGGAUACAGUGUUACGCGAGCGAGACGUUCACUUCGAGAAAAACAUCGAUUUGACGUCUUACGUCAACGGCAAGAGAGAGACGGUCUUGUUGGAGGGGAGAGCUCUACCAGCGCUCGUUUGGCAGUACUACUCCGAAGGCUGUUCGGUGCGUCUCCUCAAUCCGCAAUCGUACGUCGAGGCUGUCCACACUCUAUGCUACACGCUGGCUGAGCACUUCUCCUCGUUCGUGGGAGCGAACGUCUACUUGACUCCUGCCGGAACGCAGGGUUUCGCGCCACAUUGGGACGACAUCGACGCGUUCGUCCUUCAGCUUGAAGGCAAAAAACGAUGGAAAGUCUAUGAACCGAGAAACGAGGACGAAGAACUGCCGCUUGUGUCGUCCGGGAACUUGGAUCGGGAUGAGCUCGUCGACCCGCCGAUCAUCGAGACCACACUAGAGACCGGCGAUCUGUUGUACAUGCCUCGAGGCUUCAUCCAUGAGGCCUCGAGUUGCGAGGACGACCAUUCUCUGCACAUCACAAUCUCUGCCAACCAGAGGAACACGUGGUCGGAUUACCUCAAGAUCCUCCUCCCCGCAGCGCUCGAGCUCGCCACAGAGUCCAACGUAGAGUUCCGAAGGACCCUCCCACGGAAUUAUUUGCAGAAUAUGGGCGUCAUGCAUUCGGACCUUGAGAACAAAGCGCGGCAGAUGUUCUCGGAGAUCGCUUCGAACCUGGUCCAAAAGCUCCUGAAAGAAGCACCCUUUGACCCGGCGGCGGACCAGAUGGCCGUGAACUAUAUGCAUGAUUCUCUCCCACCCGUUUUGAAUUCUUCCGAGAAAGAGCUAACGGCAAGCCAUCGAGCGAGAUGGAAUUGCGAGACGCUCAAUGGGAACUCCUCUUUCGACCAUGUCAAUCCGGAAACUGAAGUGUGCUUGAUCUCGAAGAACUGCGUGCGCGUCGCCUCAGAAGAAGAAUCGGUAUUCGCGUAUCAUAUCGCUGACAACACGAGCGUGUACCGAGAGCGCGAAGAACCCUAUAAAAUUGAAAUAACCCCUCCCGAAGCUAACGUCAUUGAGUUCCUUGUCUCGAAAUAUCCAGCUUUCGUUCGCUUGAAGGACAUCCCGCUCGAGGGCUCACCGGAAGAUGUCAGAGAGAUCAUCCACACGCUCUACUUCAAGAACCUCCUUCUUGCGAAGUGA